CUAGGAGAUAGGAACUAGGAGCUAGGAACUAGAAGAUAGGCACUAGGAGCUAGGAACUAGGAACUAGAAGAUAGGCACUAGGAGCUAGGAACUAGAAGCUAGGAGCUAGGAACUAGAAGCUAGAAGCUAGGAAGUAGAAGCUAGGGGCUAGGAACUAGAAGCUAGGGGCUAGGAACUAGAAGCUAGGGGCUAGGAACUAGAAGCUAGGAGCUAGGAACUAGGAGCUAGGAACUAGGAAUUAGAAGCUAGGAGCUAGGAACUAGAAACUAAAUGCUAGGAGCUAGGAACUAGAAGCUAGGAGCUAGGAAUUAGAAGCUAGGAGCUAGGAACUAGAAGCUAGGGGCUAGGAACUAAAAGCUAGAAGCUAGGAACUUGAAGCUAGGAUGGUGGCCAGAUAACUACACUACAAUCCCUCAUGUGUGCUAUUCAUUAUCAAAGCCCAGAACAAAUUAACACAGUCUUUAAGUGUUAACUGUAGGCCUGCUUAAUAGCCUGGUUUAAAGUCAGUGUGGAAUUACGCAGCAUUAAGCGGAAGGGGGUUCGUCCUUAAACAUGAAGGUUGGAGCACUUUAAUUUGCGGAGAUCAGCCACGGGUUAUGCGCGAGAGUGCGCGAGUGCACUGAUGAGUAUUUGAAUGGUUGGGUACUGUUGCUGAAGUGUUAUAAUUAGCCGCUGUGUUAGCGUAGCGCUUUUUUCUGGUGGAUAUAAUUUAGCUGAGGCUCAGCUGUGUGACAGCGAAGUGUGUGUGUGUGUGUGUGUGUGUUUGAGAGUGUGUGUUUGUGAGAGUGUGUGUGUGUGUUUGAGAGUGUUAAUGUGUAUGUGCUUUCUGGAAUGAGCCGGCCGCAGCUACAGAAGCGUCAUUGAUCAGCCUCUGAGACUCAAUACACAAUGAGACCAGGCCAGGGAUCUCUCCGCUUCACUCCUUCAACUCUCACUGCCCUCGUUUUCCAGUCCGCCAUUCUUCUCUCCCUCUGCUCUCGGGGACAGGCGGUGCAGGCGGAGAACGUGACGGUUUUGGAGGGCGGGACGGCGCAGAUCUCCUGCCGCCUCCAGAACUACGACGGAUCCAUCGUGGUCAUCCAGAACCCGCGCCGGCAAACGCUGUUCUUCAAUGGAACACGAGCGCUCAAAGACGACCGUUUUCAGAUGGUCCUCUUCACGCCGCGCCUGGUGCGCAUCACCCUGACGAACGUGAGCGUGUCGGACGAGGGCGGAUACUUCUGUCAGCUGUACACUGACGACACGCACCACCAGGUGGCGACGCUGUCAGUGGUGGUGCCCCCGGAGAUCCCCUCGGUGGAGGUGAAGACGGAGGCGGUGGAGGGCGGAGAGGUGGAGCUCACCUGCCUGUCGCCCCGCAGCAAACCCCCCGCCACCCUGCGCUGGGUCCGAGACCGCCGGGAAAUAGCUGGUGUGGUAUCUCAGCAGGAGAAUGGGAAAACAGUGAGCGUUUCCAACACUAUCCGUCUGCCCGUGGAGAGGAAGGAUAACGGCGCCGCCCUGAGCUGCGAGGCGUCCCACCCGGCACUCGUGGGCCAGAAGAGAGUCCGCCAUUACCGCCUGGACGUCCACUUCGCCCCCACUGUGAGGAUCAUCCCCCCCCAGGGGAUUCUCCGAGAGGGAGACUCACUCAGCCUUACCUGCUCUGCCACUGGAAAUCCACUGCCACGCAACAUCCAGUGGUCGCGAGUGAACGACACUCUGCCAGAGAGGGCGGAGACAUCCGGCACAACCCUCGUCAUGUCCCGCCUCAGCCAAUCCCAUAACGGCACCUACCUGUGCCAGGCACAUAAUAACUACGGCCGUGCCGCCGACCACUACACACUGCUGGUGUACGAGAAUGUAUCUGUGUCUAUCCCUCCAUCCUGCUCCUCAUCCCCCAACCCUUCAUCCCCCAGAUUAGAGCCACAACCCAGAGACCCUGGGGCGGUGGUGGAGACCCACAGUGCAGUACCGUAUGCAGUCAUAGGGGGCGUUCUGGCUCUGCUGGUGUUCACCGUCAUCUGCGUUCUCAUCGUAACAAUCUGGUGCUCCGUCCGACAGAAAGGUUCAUAUCUGACGCACGAGGCGAGCGGAUUGGAUGAGCACGGCGAGGUGCAGGAAGCCUUCCUCAACGGGAACGACACCAGCCAGGGCAAGAAGGAGUAUCUACUGUAACAGCCUGUAGUGGACGUCCACAAUGGAGUGUACACCACAACCACUCUCUCUAUACACACACACACAUAUAUACACACAUACACUACAUCAAAACACACACAGCCCUCUUCAUACCUACCAUAGCAGUGCCAUAUGAGGGCAAAGAGAACGAGAGGAAGAGAAACAGAAUUAGCUGAGAAGAAUUAAAGGGCCCAUAUCGGGGAAAAAAAAAGACCUCAAGUUAUUUUUUAAAAAUAGAAGUUUGAUGUACCGUGUGAACAUUGUGAACGUUUUAAUAUGCAUCAUUAAUUAAUCCAGCUCGUACAACUCAUUUUAAAAAAAAAAAUCACCAUGAAACCCAUUUCCAUUGGAUCACAAACAUUCAUAUAUCCACAUUAGUGCAUCUCAAAAAAAAAAAAAAAAAAAGAGAGAAUAUCAUUGAGAUUUUACUUUAUUUCAGUAAUAUCAAAGUUCAAAAUGUGAAACUCAUAUAUCUAUUUUAAUAUAUAGUUCUAUUACACACAGAGAGUGAUCGAUUUGAAGUGUAUUUCUUUAAUUGUUGAUGAUAAUUAUGGCUUACAGCCAAUAAAAAAAAAAACCAAAAAAUCAGUGAAUCAGAAAAUUUGAAUUUUUAAGAAGAAGAAGAACAAGACCAAUGGUACUUCUGGUACAGUGUGGGCAGUGUGCCAAAUCCUGCUGGAAAAUGAAAUCCGCAUCUCCAUAAAAGUUGUCAGCAUGAAGCUUUUAUGAAGAUGUGGAUUUCAUUUUCCAGCAGGACUUUGCUCACUUGGUUUCAUAUGAAAGUAUCAAUAAUCAUCGACAAUAAAAUAAAUAAGCUAUUGAAAUAUAUCACUCUGUGUGUAAUACAUCUAUAAUAUAUAUAUAUAUAUAUACAUUUUAAACUGAUUUACUGAAAUAAAGUAGCUUUUCAAUGAUAUUCUAAUUUUUAUUAAUUUUCUUGAGAUGCACCAGUAUAUCUGUUAUCUAUCCAAUUUAUGGCUGAAGUUUAUUUUUCCCCACAUUCUUAAGGGUUUUAGCCUAAACUUAGCAUUUUUUUUGGUACUUUACAUUUCAGCCUGUGUUCCCUGUGUUUUUAAUGAGGGUCGUGUACAUAUCAGUCUUUUGAAGACACAGCAAAGAGAAGGGACUGUGAUUGGAGGGAUGAAGCGAAGUUGGGAAUGAAUUAUGACUGUUUUGUUCUUGUGGACGAACACAGUUUAGUCCAGUCAAUAUUAUGAACACCUGCUUUGUGUCGACACCCAUUGUCUAUUAACCCUGUUUAGCAUGAAUUUUAUUUUUCAAGGAAAAUUUGUACAUUUUGGAAGCUUGAUUCUCUGUGGAUAGAUUACAAACGUACAUUUUGAUUUUCUCUUUUGAUAACAGCUUCGGGCGCCAUCAGUGGUACCUGUGCCACACUUUAAAAAACACUUUUGUAAAGGGUUAAUCGAUAAGAUUUUUGUUUAAUUCUAAUAAAACUAAAGACAGACUGAAAGGAUCCUUAUAACAAAAGUAAGCAAAGAAGCAGAGAUCACUUUAGUUUCGGAAUCAGUUUCUCUGAUUUUGCUUUUUAUAGAUAUAUAUUUGAGUAAAAUGAAAAUUGUCGUUUUAUUAUAUAAACUCAGAACAACACUUCUCCCAAAUUCCAAAUAAAAAUUUCGUCAUUUAGAGCAUUUAUUUGCAAAAAAAAAGGCUAGUUUUUAAUGGCUGGUUCACAGUUUUCAUGCGACUUGGCAUCACGUUCUCCUCCACCAGUCUUACACACUGCUUUUGGAUAACUUUAUGCCUUUACUCCUGUUGCAAAAAUUCAAGCAGUUCAGUUUGGUUUGAUCCAUAUUCCUCUUGAUUAUAUUCCAGAAGUUUUCAAUUUGGUAAAAUCAAAGAAUUUACAAAGAAUAUAUAUAUAUAUAUAUAUAUAUAUAUAUAUAUAUAUAUAUAUAUAUAUAUAUAUAUAUAUAUAUAUGCAAUGCGUGUAGAAACAAGGGUUUGCUCCUAAUAUUCGAACUGGACUGAAUACAAAAGUGAAGAAAAUGGGCCUUUUAUCACUGAAAUGAGAGUAAUAGAGUAAUAGAGAAAGAGAGAGAGAGAAAGAGAGAUGCAUCGUAAUCUCAAACUGUGCAAAACUAUUACAGUUCCUCCUCAACAGUAGAAGCUGUUGGAGAAAAGUGCCUACAAACAGGCUGAUACCCAGCAGCUGGAUUGAAUGUUCCAGUGUAAACACCCGAAACGCUCUGAAUUACCAGAACAUCUCGGCCACUGAGGCGAAUCCGAGCCAUUCAAAAAAUAACUCCAGCGAGGGACGAGUACCUCAUGCUUCAUUUAUCAACCAUCUACAGCAGGUACUGGAGCUCCAACACAUCCCAGCACUGCUUCCCCUACAAGAAACAAACAAAAAACACACAGUGCUUCUAUCUUUAUCAGUUUUUUCCUGGUCAGGAAACAAGGCAACUACUUCCUGAUCGAUUUCUAGGUAUAUUUUAACCUCUGUUUUCAAGGCGCACCAGAUUAUAAGGCGUGUUACGCGACACUAGUAAGGAACAGGGGUGUCUUCAUGUUUCUCUUCUAAUUCAGAAGAUCUCGCCACUGGGUGGAUGGUGGUGGAGGGGGAAAUGAGUUAAGUAAAGCUAAGCUAAGUAAACUGUAAACUGUAAUUCUUAAAAAAAACAUUCUUAUAAAUUCAAACGAGUGCUGGAUGUUAGUCUACACAGAUGAUUUAUCUUCUAAAAAACUGUUUAUUUGGGUGAGUAAAGCCCUUCCAUUUAUUUAGAGUAAGCUUAGAUUUCCAGAUUUCCACUAAGGCUGGGUGCAGCAGCAUUAGCAUUAGUCCUGUGUGUUGCAGUAAGCCAGGGCGAUAUUAGCUCGCACAGUUAGUGUGGUUGGCAGCUAAUGCUAGCCAGGCUAGGAUUCGUAGCAGGCUAGAGUCCGAUACGCUCGCCUCUGAACAGCGAAAGAGCUAGUGCUUAGCGAGGUUAGCGGCUAAUGCUUAUGCUGCUUCAGCAGUGCUAGCCAGGGUUCAUAGCAGCCUACAGUCCGAUAUACUCACUUGCCUCUGAACAAGGAAAGAGAUAGAGCUUACCGUGGUUAGCGGCUAGUGCCAAUAAUGCUCCAUCAGUGCUAGCCGGGGUUUACAACAGGCUACAUGUCGAUAAUACUCACCUCUAAACAACGAAAGAGCUGGAGCCCAGCACAGUUAGCGGCUAAUGCUAAUGAUGCUCCAGCAGUGCUAGCCCAGUUUAACAACAGUAGAGUCUCUCUAUCUCUCUCUCUCUCUUCCUCUCGUUUAUUAAUAAUUAAUAAUAAUAAAAAGACAAUAGAAGUGUCCUUCUAAAGCCGAGCUGCACAGACUGGACCUGUGACUGAAGCUGAAAUCUGAAAAAAAAAAAAAGUGUUAAAAAGCCGAAUAAGGGAAUGUUAUUUUCUUUUCUUUAAUUGUUUUUGGUUAAAUGCUACACACUCACACAUACACUUAUACAUAUAUACACAUAUAUACACAUACACAAACACAUAUACACACACACACACAUAUCAACAUCUGAACAAACACAAAUGAAACAUAUCUCUUCACAAGUCAUUAUUUGUAUAAAAAAGUCAAUUACAAAGUAAAUUAAAUUUAAGUCUUUUAAGAAGUGAACUACGAACAAAUAAAAAAAACAAACAAAAAAAACAACACAAAAAACGAUUUACUUUUGAGCGCAUUACCAAGCGAUGCUAUUAUACUAACACAGAAUAUUAGUCUAGAGGUUCAACGACGAACAAAUUACUGUUGAGUGAUCUUUAAAAUAAAAAUGAGAAAAAUUAGAAAAAAAAAAAGAUUUAAUUUUUUUUGUCUUUAAAAGAUACGUUUUUUUUUUUUUUUUUUUUGUAUUAUUAUUUGAACUAUUACAAUUGUUGUUACUGUUAUUAUUAUUAUUAUUAUUAUUAUUAUUACUGUUAUUAUAAUUGUAAAUGUUACAAAAUUGUACACUUUUCCACAUUUCGCUUAUUUUAUUUUUUUUGUUUGGUUUGACUCUAGAAGCCCCGCCCCCUCAAAAAGUCUUUCUUUCUUCUGCAUCGUCUCUUCUCUUCUUUCUCUUCUCCUCUACACUUUCCUCCUCCUUCUAUCCUCAUCCUCUCUGUGCCCGAUUGUCUCCUCCGUCUCUUCCUCUCCUCGUCCUUCGCCGUGUGUUUGCUUUUCUUUAUUUUUUUUAUAGUCUUCACGUCGCUGUUGAUAUAGCUAACUGUGUUUCUUUAUAGGAGAAAGACAACAAGCACGACAAAAAUAAAGCGUACUUCGAGAA